UCAGUUCGAAUCACGUUGUGCUCAGCGACAGAACAUAAUCAGCAAACCGCGCUUCCAAAAAUUCAAUAUAAAAUUCAAAUGCGAAAAUUAAGCUGAAAUUUAUAUAAAAAACAACAAUAAAUAUAAUAAAAUUUUAAGACUACAUUGUAAAUUUCUAAAUAUUUACAAUAACAACAAAAACAUAAAAUAUUGUUGUUGUGAUGAUAAAACGUUUUUGUGCGUAUUAAGCCACUGAUAAGCGAGGAGCAAUAACACGAGACCAAUAAACCCGAUCUACAGCGAUUGUUGUAAAAAUAGCUUGUGACAAGUAGAAGAAAUUUUGUUACACAAAAACAAAUAAACGAAAAUAGAAACUGUAAUCACACAACAAUUGGAUUGAUUUCAAAGUUUGAAUUUUGAUUUCGUAAAGCCAAGACGCACGCUUAACGAUGAAGCAACAGAGUUAUCUAUUGAAACUAUCGACGGCCUUAACGAUUGCGGCCUAUGUUAUAACGACCACGUACGCCAUCUCGAGUACAUGGGGCAACAUCUCGAAUUCUGCGCAGUUGUUGCACGUGGAGAAUGUUUUCAAUGCGUCAUCGCCUGGCAAAUAUGUGAAUCGUGAAAUUAAGUUUCCCAAAAAUGGUAUUGGCAAUGGACGCAUUAUCACCGGCAUACGCGCCUUCGAUCAGGUGACAAAUGGCACCGGUGGCCACGCCACCAUCUACUCGGGUGGACCCGGCUUCAAUAAUGUCACCAUCAAAUUGCAAUCACAAUACAAUUACGGACUAAUAUUUCGCGUGGAAAUCUACGGGCAAUAAGCAAUAGCCAAUACACCCGAAUACAUGCAAACAUAAUUCACCAACAUACUUACUUUAUGUAGUAAUAAUUGUUGUUUUUUUUUAACAUGUUUGUUUGUCAACGUUAGUUAGAGUACUUAUUACUUUGUAGAACUAAGUAAAUUACACAAACAACUUAAAUGAAAAGAAAAAAAAAACAAACCAAAAGCGCACAAGAAAUUAAUGACUUUUGUCUUUUAAUGUUAAACUUUUUAGAUAAGAAAUUAAACACGUAUGUAUGUAUGUGUGAAUAUAAUGAAAAUAAAUGAAAUAAAUAUUAAAUAAGAAUA